AUGCUUCGGAUCGGUCGACCAAAGAGUGGCGAGACUGUUCUCGUUAGCGCUGCCGCUGGUGCCGUCGGCAGUGUUGCUGCGCAGAUUGCCAAAAUCCAGGGUGCCAGGGUCGUCGGCAUCGCUGGAGGCGAAGACAAAUGCGGAUUGCUUCAGGAAGAGCUGGGGCUGGAUGUCACCGUGGACUACAAGGCACCUGAAUUUGAGCAAGACUUUGCCCAAGCCCUCGAUGAAAGGGGCACUGCUGUGUACUUUGACAACGCUGCUCGAGCUGGUCUGUUGAAGUGGCUGCACGAAGGCCGCCUGCGCCGUGCCGAAACUGUACUUCAUGGCGGUCUGGAGCUGGCACCGACUGCCCUUGCGGAUCUAUUGGCGGGCAAAAACGUGGGCAAGAUGAUUUUGGAGAUCAAAGCCGAGUAG